AUGCCCCUGGGCCACAGUUUGCACAUAGCGAGCGCAGCGUCUAGACCUCAGCGAGACUCCAGGAGGUCCAACCCGGUCCUGUCCAGCCAGAGGUGGAGACGUAAUGGAAACUGCCUCGUGCCCACACCUCACUACAUGCACAGUCCUGCAGCUGAUAUUGGGCCAGGUUUUCCCAGUGGGGGAUCAGCAGUGAGAGAGAAAGAGCCCAGUCCAGAGACCUCUCUGGGCAGUGCCUACUCUCCCGUGGAUUACAUGAGCAUCACAAGUUUCCCAAAAUUACCAGAGGAUGAGUCGAUGUUUGCAGAAAAUUCUUUGAAAAGUCGGAAAGAAGAUGACAAUGCUCUCACUGAGCAGGACGCAGAUCCAGAUCUCUUCUUGAAGUCUGCUCGUCUGCAGCGGCUCCCGUCCUCUGCCUCAGACCUGGGCCUUCAGGAGGAUGGUGUUUUCAGAGAGACGGAUGCUGAUCCGUUCACUCAGGAGUGUGCUUGCCAGCGCGACGGACUCACGGUUAUCAUCACGUCUUGUCUCACCUUUGCCUUCGGAGUCACGAUUGCACUCAUCAUGCAGAUCUACUUUGGGGACCCUCAGGUGUUUAAACAAGGAGCAGUUGUGUCGGAUGUCGCUCAGUGCACCUCUGUGGGCAUGGCAGUCCUGGAAAAGCAGGGUUCCAGCGUCGAUGCUGCCAUCGCUACCUCUCUGUGUUUGGGGAUUGUUCACCCUCAGACCUCUGGCAUCGGCGGUGGGGGAGUUAUGUUGGUGCACGACAUCCGCAAAAAUGAGACCCGAGUGAUUGACUUCAGAGAAACGGCUCCUUCUGACAUAACUGAGACGAUGCUUCAAACAGCGCUGGAGGAAAAACCCGGUCUGUCUGUGGGAGUUCCUGGUAUGCUGAGUGGUAUGCACCAGGCUCAUCAGUUAUACGGCAGGAUGCCUUGGAAAGACGUUGUGACCGCUGCAGCUGAUGUGGCCAGAAAUGGAUUCAAUGUUACUCAUGAGCUCGCCCAAGCUCUGGCUGAUGCCAAGAAGCAGAACAUGUCCAAGGCUUUCGAGGACUUGUUUCUCCCUAAUGGCCAGGUGCCUCUUCCUGGGUUGUACAUUCGUAGGAUUGACUUGGCGGACAUCUUGGAGUCUGUGGCAGUGAAGGGCAUUUCAGAGUUCUACAAUGGGAACUUCACGCAAGAAAUGAUUAAUGCGGUGAAAGAUAAUGGUGGUGUGCUUAAUGAAGAAGACUUUGAAAAAUACAGCACAGUUUUGCGUAAACCAGUUGAGAUCAAUUAUCAAGGGUAUCACAUUAUGGCAUCUCCACCUCCACACGCUGGCGUCGCUUUGAUUACGGCGUUGAACAUUUUGGAAGGCUACAAUAUUACCAAUGAGCUUUCCAGACAGAGCACGUUUCAUUGGGUCGCAGAGUCUCUAAAAAUAGCCCUGGCCAUGGCGAGUGAGAUCGGGGACCCCAUGUUUGACACGUCUGUCUCUGAAGUCGAGACCAAGAUGUUGAGCAAAGAACAGGCCUCAGAGUUUCGCCAGAUGAUAAAUGAUUCCCAAACGUACCCUGCUGAUCACUACACACAAACAUUCUCGUUGGAGGAAGGAGCCGGAGCUGCUCAAGUCAUAGUGAUGGGGCCGGACGACAUCAUCGUGUCUGUUAUGAGCUCCUUGAAUAAACCAUUUGGCAGUGGGAUCUUGACAUCUUCUGGAAUACUCCUCAACAGCCAGAUUCUGGACUUCUCUUGGCCCAAUAAAACGGACAGCUCCUCGCCAAACCCACAUAACCGUCUGCAGCCCGGGAAGAGGCCACUUUCCUUCCUCAUGCCCACUGUGGUGAGGCCUGCGUUGGGUCUGUGUGGAACAUAUGUGGCCACUGGUUCUUCUAAUGGAGAAAAGGCUCUUAGUGGCAUCACACAGGUGCUGCUGAACAUGUUGUCCUCACGUAUAAAUAUAAGUGAAAGUUUGGCAUAUGGUCGACUCCACCCACAGCUGCGGACCGACGCCCUGUUGGUGGAUAUUGACUUUCUUCAAGAAGACGUGGAGCUCCUUCAGAGAAAAGGUCACAAAGUUGAACGGAAAGAUCUGCUGUCGUUAGUGGAAAGCGCCAGACGGACCAAUGACGCCAUCAUCGGAGCGAAUGAUCCCAGGAGUGAAGACGCGUUGGCUCUCAAUAUUAUAUAG